GAGAAGAGUCGAAGAGUAGAAGGUGGAGGUGGUAAUAGUGGACGUGGAGGGGGUAGGAGGGGAAGCGGGCGUGAGAGCCCGCUCGUCGAGUGGGAGCGCCGAGAGAGCAGAGGGGUAACAAGAUGGCUGCCGGUCAGUCGGUAUCGAACCGUCGUGCCGUCACGAGAGUUUUGCGGACCGCGCGCGGUCACGGCACUUCUCCGUGACCGACGAAUAGAGAAUUUAAGAGAGAAAGAGAGAGAGAGAGAGAGAGAGAGAAAGAAAUAAGAAAAGAAAAAGUGGAGAGAGAGAGAGAGAGAGAGAGAGAGAGAGAGAGAGAGUAUAAGGAAUAUUCAUUCGUACGAGAUAUAUAUAAAAAAGAACGACGUGUCUCCACCGAUGGAAUCGUUCUUCUCCCGGUGCGACGUACCCCUCGAGGUCGACGAUACCAACGUCUACGCUAAUACUUAUCUUCAUCCUAGACCAGUCGAGACGUAAAUCCUCGACUUUGGUCUUCAUUGACCGGCUCUACUCGUUAAAUCGUUAAAGAAAGAGACCGAAGACAGAUUAGUAUUCAAAAUAUAAUUCUAUUUGAAACGUGAAAGAACAUUUUCUAAAUAUGGAUACUGGUACUAGUCAGAGUAAAAAACAAAUCCGUGUGGGUUUUUAUGACAUAGAAGGUACUAUUGGUAAGGGAAACUUUGCCGUAGUGAAAUUAGCUAGGCAUAGGAUUACCAAAACCGAGGUGGCCAUCAAGAUAAUCGAUAAGACACAACUAGAUCCUACUAAUCUGGAAAAAGUUUAUAGAGAAGUUGAAAUAAUGAAGCAAUUAGAACAUCCUCAUAUUGUUAAAUUAUAUCAAGUUAUGGAAACUAAAAAUAUGAUAUAUAUGGUAUGUGAAUAUGCAAGUAAAGGAGAGAUAUUCGAUUACAUAGCACAAUAUGGAAGAAUGGGAGAACCACGAGCUCGGGCAACAUUUGCCCAAAUCCUAUCCGCUGUUGAAUAUUGCCAUGCGACAGGCAUAGCUCACAGAGAUUUGAAGGCUGAAAAUUUGCUCCUAGAUGCUCAAAUGAACGUUAAGAUUGCAGAUUUUGGUUUUAGCAAUAGAUUUGCACCAGGAGAACGAUUAAGUACUUGGUGCGGAAGCCCACCUUAUGCUGCUCCAGAAGUAUUUAGAGGAAAACAUUAUGCCGGUCCAGAAAUUGACGUUUGGAGCUUAGGCGUUGUGUUAUAUGUAUUAGUAUGUGGUGCACUGCCCUUUGAUGGAUCUACUCUUCAAUCAUUAAGAGAUCGCGUGUUGAGUGGUAGAUUUCGUAUUCCAUAUUUUAUGAGUACAGAUUGCGAAAGUCUUAUACGUAAAAUGUUAGUUUUGGAACCUGCAAAACGAUACACGAUUCCACAGAUCAAAAGGCAUCGUUGGAUGGCAGGUUCGGCAGAUACUGUUUGUUCUGCUAUAAUAACGAGAUCAUCACCAUCUAUUCAAGAACCUAAUGAACAAAUACUUCGACUUAUGCAUAGUUUAGGCAUAGAUAUUACACGAACUAGACAGUCCUUAGGAAAUAGCAGUUACGAUCAUCACGCUGCUAUUUAUUUCUUGUUACUUGAAAGAUUAAAGCAACAUCGUGUUAGCAGUACGACGAAUAAUAUUUGCUGGCCCACAGUUGCUAGAUCGAAAGAAGAUAAAUUUAAAUCAAGAACAAGGGACGAUGUUAGCAGAGGAGGUAAACGGUUCAGUUCAACGAGCUCUUCGACCGAUGAAGGUUGUUGCAGUGCUGAAGGAGAUCUAGAAGAAGGACCAAGCGGUGAUGAGUUAAGAGAAGCACAGAUUAAAUUAGAAGAGCACAGGCUUGGCCUAGACCAUGACAUAAGUCAACGAAUCGACAGUCAAAUUGUCAAUCGAAGAUUAAGCGAUUACCAACAACAUUUUGAUAGUCCACUUAUGGAUCCUAUUGAUCCUCCUAGUCGAACGACGUUGUUCCUUGCUGGUGGUAGCGGCAGUUCAUCGUCCGAUCUUUUCGAAUCUAGUUUUGAUUCUGGUUGUCCACCGGAUUAUACAGGAGCAAAUUGUUUUACCAGCAGUUUACCUUCUUGCACUCCACCGCCACCUAAAAGUCCAUCUCCAAUAACUGGUAGAAUAUCGCGAGCCUCACAAGGACGUAGGGCAUCCGACGGUGGACCAAGAUUACUUUUCUGUCAACAAGGAGGUGGUGACAGACCAACUACAAGGCAACGAAGUAUUCAAGAUUCAGGUAAAGCAAAAGGUCAUUUGGAUCUUGUACAUUUGAGACCACCGUCUACGCCACCUCAAAAUCAACCGCAAUUUAAAAUCCGCGGAGAUUCCGGUACCCAGUUACAACUAUUGGUACAACAACGUAUGUUACAACAGAAACGAAAUUUAUAUCACAGACAUCGUGCCGGUGGAAGUCCAACUCCUAUUCCAGUAUCAACCAAUACUACUAGUAGACGUAUCGAUCAUGUAUCGCGACAAGAUAGUUAUAAAAUGGCUCAGAGAACGCAAAUAUUACCACCUUUAUCUCAGGGACACGUCGAUCCUGAUUUUGAUAGAGAUAGGAAGCGAGAAGAAGAAAGGUGGAAGAGCUUACCAUCUCGCUUAGCGGCAGAUUGUCAGUUAGCUGAACGGACGCUCUUAUGGAGUCAACAGCUUUAGAUCCUGCUUACUUGCUUCAAUAGAUUAAUAGUAGUUAAAGUAGAUUGUAAAGUUAAGAUUCUGCCGGUUUGUUGUAUUAUUAUUAUUAUUAUUAUUAUUAUUAUUAUUAUUAUUAUUAUUAUUAUUAUUAUUAUCAUUAUCAUUAUUAUUAUUAUUAUUAUUAUCAUUAUGUGAUCGUUAUAUAAUAUUAUUAUAUUAGCACCUUUAAUGCAGUGAUUGUUAUUCUUUGGUGAACUAAUUUAUGUUAAACGAAAUAAACAGUUAUGUUAUUUAA